AUGCAACUUACAGCUCACACACAGGCACACAGCAGGCAACCCCAGGGUCUAUAAAUAGCAGAUCUUGUGACAAGAGAUACCAAACCAUAAGAGCUUCUGAAGAGCAAAAAACUUCAGUCUAGACACUAGAUACAGUAAGCCUUGGCACCAACAGAGGUUAAUAUCUCAACAAGGAUACUUCAAAUAUGUCUGCCUCGCGGAGCUCCUCUCCCAACUCCAUGUCAAAGUGGAGCCCCAAAGAGAACAAGAUGUUUGAACAGGCACUCGCCUACUAUGGCGAGGGCACACCCAACCGGUGGGACAAGGUGUCCAGCGCCAUGGGAGGCAUCAAGUCUGCUGAGGAGGUGCGCUGCCACUAUGAAGAUCUUGACUAUGACGUCAAGAUGAUUGAGUCAGGCCAUGUACCGUACCCCCAGUACAAGACACAGGGAUUCUGGACCCGAGGUUAAAAUGUUGGAGGCUCAAGGAGGCAGAAAACAAAGCUCUACGAAUCUAAGAUGGACCUAGGUUCUAGAAGGUAGCAAAAGAAUCCAGCUCUGGUUGGCGAAUAAAAUGAUGAAACAGUGUGUACAUGUAUAUAGUAUAGGUUAUGAGCAAGUUUAUGUCUACCUGG